CAAAAAACAUCUCGGAUCUAGUUGUAUACCCUCGUACUUCAAGCCACCUCCACAGAGGCUGCUCGCCAGCCACAGGGCAUUCUUUGUGUUUGAUUUUUAAAGGUUGAUCUGUUGACUUAGGAUUGCUGCUUUUUUUUUUUGGUCUGAGUCCGAAAGAAAAAAAAAGGCUCCAUGUUUCAGCUGCCCAUCCUGAAUUUUAGCCCCCAGCAGGUAGCUGGGGUAUGUGAGACCUUAGAGGAGAGCGGAGACAUUGAACGCCUUGGUCGCUUUCUGUGGUCCUUGCCAGUGGCACCUGCAGCCUGCGAGGUAUUGAACAAAAACGAGUCCGUCCUUAGAGCGAGAGGCAUCGUGGCCUUCCACACCGGGAAUUUCAGAGACCUCUACCACAUCUUGGAAAACCACAAGUUCACCAAGGAAUCGCACGCCAAACUGCAGGCCCUCUGGCUGGAAGCACACUACCAAGAAGCGGAGAAGCUGAGAGGUCGCCCCUUAGGACCAGUGGACAAGUACCGGGUGAGAAAGAAGUUCCCUCUUCCCAGAACCAUUUGGGACGGAGAACAAAAGACACAUUGCUUCAAGGAGAGAACCAGGCACUUGCUAAGAGAAUGGUACCUCCAAGACCCGUACCCUAAUCCCAGCAAAAAAAGAGAGCUGGCCCAAGCGACCGGACUUACUCCAACACAAGUGGGAAACUGGUUCAAAAACCGCCGACAAAGGGACAGAGCAGCGGCAGCUAAAAACAGGCUGCAGCAGCAAGUCUUGUCCCAGGGGUCGGUUCGCUCCUUGACCGAGGUGGAGAGUACAGUGGACCGGCUUGGGGCCGCCUCCAGUCCCGAAGCCAGCCUUUCCAGCAAGGCAGCCGAUCCUGCCAUCUCCAUCACAUCUAGCGACAGUGAAUGUGACAUCUGAUACAACCUGCAAAAAAUAAAGCAAAAGGAAAUCCAGAAAUAACUAUAAACAGUGCCUGCAUAAACAUAAACCCAUAGCGACAUCUUCAGAUCGAGCCUUUAGCAAUGGCUGCCAAAUGCUAGGGAUUCAUCGGAAUGCACUGUCUUAAAAAAAAAUGUGUUCUACGUUUUCUUUUUUUAUGUUAUUUUUUUCCAGUGGAAGACUUUUUGGACUUUAAAAAAAGAAGAAAACACAAACUAUAAAUCCUUUAUUAAAAGGAUCUACUGAAAACGAUGCAUCAAAUUGGCAAGUAUGCCAAGUACAACAUUUUGACCGCCUGCCCUUUUCUCUUCUGUGGGUAUUUCAUGUUGAAAAAGAAAAGAUGCUGUUAUAUUUUUACUUUACUUUUAAAGUGGUAUCAAUAAUGUUUAUUAAUUAUUUAAAGGAUUGGCUGUGUUAGAAUUUGGUUUUAUUUUGCUUGAUGUUUUUGUGUGUGUGUGAAUUGUAGAGCAUGUGCGCUGAGUAGUGGACCAUAUGCUGUUUUUAAAAAAGAAAUGAAUAAAUAUUUGGUGAUCAAACAGAUUAAAAUUGAUAUGCUUUUUGUUUUAUAGUUUAAAAUGCGUUGGGUGUCUUCUGGUUUACCAGCGUGCGGUGUUGCAUUGUGCCUUCGCGUUUUAUUAUUAUAUAUUAUUAAUUCCUUGUUUAUUGGUUAUUUUAAUAUCCCAGUUUUUGUUAAGCCCCUGUGUGGACUUAUGUAAAGGCCAAUACAAAACGACAUUGACCUGCAUUCAUUUGUUGUUGUUGGGCCAAUGAGAACAAUGGUUGUAUUGCUUUUAAUACAUGUGUUAGUGUGUUCGACUAAGGACAGCACGGGUUUGCAACAAAUCUCUGAUUCAGAACACAAUUUGUUUUACUUUUAACAAAAACGUGCCAGCCAUCGACAUAAAUGUUUUUUUGUUUUGUUUUGUUUUUUUUUUAAAUACAAAUCGUCUUGUCCUUAUGGGACUGCUCUGUUUUAAGAGUGUGGACGUUUAAACCAACAAAUUGUCGGGGUUAUUUAUCAACUGAAUUGUGUGGACCACUGUUAGGAACUUUAUUUAUGACGUGUCACGAUUGUAUAGCUAAUUUCUAUGAAUGGUAAAUUACACUUUACCUGCAAGAACUAUAUAGCUUAGUAAACCAUGAAGUGAAAUGUGGCUGUAUCUUAAAAUAAGGUUAUUUA